AUGUCUGAUCAAGACACUCACCCAAAUAAGUACAUUGAAUUGCGAAGUAUGUGUAAAUACUAUAUCGAUUCAUAUAAUGCAUUGUAUCAGCUGAAAACUGAAAAAGAAGAAGAAAUAAACAAGAUUUACAAAAUUCUCAAAACAGAAUUGAUUGAUUCAAAGGAACGUCUUCCUCAUACUAUUAUAAAUGACAUUUUAUGUAUCAUUCAGUUUAAUAAUCGCUAUACAAAGACUUAUUUAUCUCUUGCUAAACUCAUAUAUGAUGAUUAUCAAGUAAACGAGGAAAUCUAUGUUCUAUUAGAAAUUGGAUACUUAUUUUAUAAAGAAUAUGGAAUUAAAUUAAACAAAUGGGACGAUUUCGAAACAUUUGAAUUUGAAAAUCUGAAUAUCCAUUUCGAAGAUACAAUUUACCGAGCAAUUAUGUAUAAUGACUUAGAAAGAUUCAUCUUCUUCACCGAAAUCGAAGGAUUUGAUAAAGAUCAAAAACUUAAUUGCUAUUUAUAUCCAGAUUAUUGUGGAGGAUAUUCAUUACUUGAAUUAUGUUGUUACCAUGGAGCCGUUGAUUGUUUCAAGUUAUUGAGAACUAAAUUUAACUCAGAAAUAACUGAAACAUGCCUAGAAUUAUCAUUUUUAGGCGGAAAUCCAGAGAUCAUGAGUGAAUGUUUGAAAUUUCAAAAACCAAAUCAAGAAUGCAUGAAACAUGCAUUCAUUUCACACAACAUUGAUUUUGUUACAUUCUUGUUGAAUGAAUACAAUUUAGAGAUCAAUUUAAAUUAUUGUGAAUGGUAUAAUAAUCUGGAAUCAUUUUUAGUUUAUUUUGAUCAAACUAAUGAUGUUAACAAAUGCUUUCUUUAUUCCGCAAGGCUCAAUAUUCCAUCAUUACUCGAAUACUUCCUUUCACAUGGUGUGAAUAUCAAUGAAAAAUAUCAAAAUGGAAAAACUGCUCUUCAUUAUGCAGCAGAAAAUGAUAGUAAAAAAGCAGCCGAAUUUCUUAUUUCACAUGGUGCAAAUAUCAAUGAAAAACAUCAAAAUGGAAGAACCGUUCUUCAUAUUGCAGCUCUAUUUAAUAGCAAAGAAACAGCCGAACUUCUUAUUUUACAUGGUGCGAAUAUCAAUGAAAAAUCUGAAGAUGGAAAAACUGCUCUUCAUUUUGCAGCAGAAAAUAAUUGUAAAGAAACAGCCGAACUUCUUAUUUCACAUGGUAUAAAUAUCAACGAAAAAGAUAAAGAUGGAAAAACUGCUCUUCAUAUUGCAACAUUGCUUAAUAGUAAUAAAAUAUCCGAACUUCUUAUUUCACAUGGUAUAAAUAUCAAUAAAAAAGAUAAUUAUAGAGAAACCGCUCUUCAUUUUGCAGCACGUUAUAAAUGUAAAGAAAUAUCCGAACUUCUUAUUUCACAUGGUGCAAAUAUCAAUGAAAAAGAUAAAGAUGGAAAAACUGCUCUUCAUUUUGCAGCAGUAAAUAAUAGUAAAGAAAUAGCCGAACUUCUUAUUUUACAUGGUGCAAAUAUCAAUGAAAAAGAUAAAGAUGAAAUAACAGCUCUUCAUAUUGCAGCAGAAAAUAAUUGUAAAGAAUUAGCAGAACUUCUUAUUUCACAUGGUAUAAAUAUCAGUAAAAAAGAUAACGACAGAGAAACCGCUCUUCAAAAAGCAGCACAUUAUAAUAGUAAAGAAACAAUGGAACUUCUUAUUUCACAUGAUGCAAAUAUCAAUAAAAAAGAUGAAGAUAGAAAAACAGUUCUUCAUAUUGCAGCAGAAAAUAAUAGUAAAGAAACAGCCGAAUUUCUUAUUUCACAUGGUGCAAAUAUCAAUGAAAAAGAUAAACGUGGAGAAACGGCUCUUCAUAAAGCGGCAUCAACAAAUAGUAAAGAAACAGCCGAACUUCUUAUUUCACAUGGUGCUAAUAUCAAUGAAAAAGAUAAAGAUGGAAAAACAGUUCUUCAUAUUGCAGCAGAAAAUAAUAGUAAAGAAACUGCUGAACUUCUUAUUUCACAUGGCGUGAAUAUCAAUGAAAAAGAUAAAUUGGGAGAAACCGCUCUUCAUAAAGCGGCAUCUACAAACAGCAAAGAAACAGCCGAACUUCUUAUUUCACAUGGUGCGAAUAUCAAUGAAAAAGAUAAUUAUGGAAAAACCACUCUUCAUUAUGUAGCACGUUAUAAUAGCAAAGAAACAGCCGAACUUCUUAUUUCAUAUGGUGCAAAUAUCAAUGAAAAAGAUAAUUAUGGAAAAACCGCUCUUCAUUAUGUAGCACGUUAUAAUAGCAAAGAAACAGCCGAACUUCUUAUUUCAUAUGGUGCAAAUAUCAAUGAAAAAGAUAAUUAUGGAAAAACCGCUCUUUAUUAUGCAGCACGUUAUAAUAGCAAAGAAACAGCUGAACUUCUUAGAUCAUAUGAUGCAAAUGAUUAA